AUGAGAGCUACAUCUGACAUAUUGUCUGAUGGUCUCAUACACAAAAUACUCUCUUUUCUUAGUUUUAAAGAAGCAACUAAGAUGAGCAUUCUCUCCAAAACAUGGCUACGAGCCUGGUCGACUCAUCCCAAUUUGGAAUUCGAAGUUGAUUAUCUUAAUGACAAUAUGAAAAAAGUGGAUAGUAUCAUAGAGAGAUAUCGGGAUGAAAAAAUCCCUAUAGAGAAGUUUGAAUUAUCUAAUGCUAGUUUUCCCCAAGAAAUUUUUCCUUUAUUUGAUAAGUGGCUUCACAUUGCACUUCAGAACGGUGUAAAAAAUAUUGUAUUUAGAGUUCCUUGCUAUACAACAUACACCUUACCUGUUCUCACAAUCUUGGCGGAGAAAUCUUUAAGAGAAUUGGUUCUGAGGGGUUUUGAUUUGAAGCAUGUUACGUUAUCUAGUGGUGGUGUGGCGAACUACAAUUCAUUGAAAAAGCUUUCUCUUUCUUCUAUAUGUUUAGACGAUAACAUGCUUCAGACACUACUUAAUAGAUGUUCUUUGAUUGUCGAUCUCGUCCUUGAGCAUUGUGAUGGGUUGGAAAAUAUUGAGUUGUUGAAUCUUCAAAGGAUCAAGUCAGUUACCAUCAAGACAUUUAGAAAGCAACGUGUUAAAAUUGACGCCCCAACUCUUGAACACUUGUACUAUUUAGAUGCUGGGGAAGCAUAUCCUACGUUAGAUAUUAUCAAUGCUCCAAAUUUGGCAUCACUAGAGUAUAUAGGAGAUCAAAUUCCUAAGGCUUUUGUGGAUGCGAAUUUGCAAUGGAAUUGCCAUCCUAAAAAAGUCAUCCUUUUCGCAACUAAUGAAAUGAUUUCACGUUUUGUGAAUCGUUUAACGAGUAUGAAGAGAAGCAAGCCUUUGCGUAAUAGAUUACAACAAGUAACAACCUACAAAUUUGAUUGGGAAAAUCAGAUAUGGCAUCUGGUAGAGUUCAGAAGUGGAAAGCUGGCUCUUACUAGGGACAAAUUUUAUUUUUUAUUGGAUUGGUGA